AUGAUGAUUGAUCGUUUAGAGACAAAAAUAGGACGGAUGGAAGCUCGGUUACAGGAGUUAGGUUUCGAUAUAGCCAGCGAUAGAAUGGUCACUGCACCAUCCUUUCCCGAAGGACCUGAUGAUUCACAAUCCGGAACUCCUGCAUUUCCCGAAUCCGACAACACAACGGAAGACAAGGGUGAGGUCUGUUCCGAGAAUAUGCAUGCAGGCUCACAAGUGCUUCCUACAACCACAGUCCCGGACCUGGAUAGAUACGUGGCCGAGCCAAGUUUAUACGAUGAGGAAGAUCAUUCUACGAAGGAUGAUCUUGCUAACAUAUUCAUCCCUAGGUGUCUAUUGGAUAAACCGACCACUGGUGGUUUGUCUGCAUUCUCGCAUGGUGGACUGGAGUGGAUGAGCCAAAAGACCGGGUUAACUCCAAUACUACCAAUCGACGAAUAUCAAAAGCAAAUGGCCUAUGCUUCAAUACAUGGUGCCUUUCCCAGAAAGGCGUUCUACCCGCUUCCGCCAAAGGAAGAAGUAUUAUCCAUUCUGGAUGACUUCUUACAGAACUUCAACAAAAUGUGCCCUUUAUUUCAACCCGCUAAACUUGUCGCCCUCUUCCAGCAAGAUAAACUCGAUAUCAACUCUCAAAGUCCUGCAUGCUGGGCUAGUAUCAAUGUUGUACUCGCUCUAGGAACUUCGUCUCGCGUUAAGAAUUGGGAAGCGGUGCAACCAGAUUAUCAGAAAAGCUGGUUUUUUAUUAAAAACGCACUCUCAGUCCUAAACCGUCUUUGCCUUGGCCCAGCAAGUCUAUGGUCCAUCCAAGCCCUUUUGGGAAUUAUCGUUUUUCUUUUAGGAACCAUGGCUUCUGAACCUUGUAACUUGUUGAUCGCUACCGCUAUUCGUUUCUGUCAUGACCUUGGGCUAGAGAGGAUGGAUAAUGUAUCUGCGAUGAAUCCAGAAGAGUCGGAACAGCGACGAAGGGUGUUUUGGAUCGCUUAUAGCCUUGAUCGAGAUAUAUCUCUUCGCUCUGGAAAGCCUCUAGCACAGAGUGACGAUGACGUGAGUAUAGGCCUACCAACAACAUCACAUACAGACCCCCAACAAACUAUACCCACGAAAAAUACAUACGACUGCUUUGAUGCUUUUAUAGCCCAUUGUCAACUUGCCACCAUCAAAGGUCAACUAUAUAAAGCUCUUUAUUCAGCUGCAGCAGAGAAUAGACCACUUGGUGAGAUAAUGACAUCAAUUGGGAUACUAGAUGAGAAACUCGAACAUUGGAAAAGGAAACUGCCUUCGGAAUAUCAACCGGAAGCACAAAUUUGCCCGCUUCUCCCGCAAUCUCCAGCGUUCAUCAUGCUCCUCUUCCUACAUUACUCAUAUUUCAACUGCGUGAUCGCAAUUCAUCGUCUAGUUGCAAGCCGAGGAAUCAAUAUAGGAAUGGACCUACCUGGAGAAGACGGAAUAUGCCUCUCGGCUAGUCCCCCGCCCCGUUCUAGAGUAUUUAUGUCAGCAUCACUAUGCGCCGAUGCUGCGAGAGCCUCAGUGAAGCUGAUGAGAUACUUGCCAGAAGGGGAUUAUGCCGUUGUCGGGUUCCUAAUACACUACCCCAUCGUAGCGCUAAAGUCACUUUCCUCAACCAUAAUUCGUAACCCUCGAAGUGCCUCCCGGUUAACCGAUAUGAAGCUCAUUGGCCAGGUGGAGGCGUUUUUGUCGUCUCUCGCCGUGAACAUACCCAAUGAUGGCAUAAAGCAGAUCAAGACAUACUGCACAAAUUGUCGCUCGGCGGCAGAAGAUGCAAUCCAGAAAACAAUACAGUUUUGUGGCACAUGA